UGUGUGUGUGUAUAUAUAUAUGUUCAAAAUCUAACAACCAGUAGGUGAUCCAUCUUGAACCUCUAUAACACCUACAACUCCUAACGAGUUAGUUACAAGACACACGAAACGUUGCUAUGAGGAUCGUCAUCUCUGCUUGGAUAUUUCUUGCGCUAUGUUCAUUUUCGGCGGCUUUUGAUCCUCUUGAUCCAACUGGAAAUAUAACGAUCAGAUGGGAUAUAAUGUCUUGGACCGCGGAUGGUUAUGUGGCAUCGGUAACGAUGAACAAUUUCCAGAUGUAUCGUCACAUCCAAGCGCCAGGGUGGACCCUCGGAUGGACAUGGGCUAAGAAAGAAGUGAUAUGGUCAAUGGUCGGGGCGCAAACCACCGAACAAGGAGACUGUUCAAAGUUUAAAGCCAAUGUGCCACACUGUUGUAAGAAAACCCCUACGGUUGUGGACUUGCUACCCGGUGUUCCGUACAACCAACAGUUCUCCAACUGUUGCAAAGGUGGGGUGGUAGCGGCAUGGGGUCAAGAUCCAUCGGCUGCGGUCUCGGCUUUUCAGGUUAGCGUUGGGAUGGCCGGAACGUCAAACAAGACGGUCAAACUACCGAAGAAUUUCACUCUUCUAGGUCCUGGACCAGGGUAUACAUGUGGACCUGCAAGGGUUGUUCCUCCAACUACUUUUCUUACUCCUGAUCGCCGAAGAAAAACUCAGGCGUUAAUGACGUGGAAUGUGACAUGCACGUAUUCACGGUUUUUGGCUUCAAAACACCCAAGUUGUUGUGUUUCUUUCUCAUCAUUCUACAAUGAAACGAUCACAGCUUGUCCUACGUGUGCGUGUGGUUGUGAAAAUAAGAACAAAUGUGUCAAGAGUGACUCUAAGCUUCUAAGUGUUGUUGGAGUAAAUACGCCGAAAAAAGACAAUUCACCAUUGCUUCAAUGCACUCGCCAUAUGUGUCCUAUUAGGGUUCACUGGCACGUAAAGCAAAACUACAAAGACUACUGGCGAGCAAAGGUCGCAGUAACGAACUUCAACUAUAGGAUGAACUACACACAAUGGACGCUUGUGGUUCAACAUCCUAAUCUCAACAACGUUACUCAAGUUUUUAGCUUUAACUACAAGCCCCUCGUUCCCUACGGGUCUAUAAAUGAUACCGGCAUGUUUUAUGGGAUGAAGUUCUUCAACGAUCUUUUAAUGGAAGCGGGGCCAACGGGAAAUAUACAGUCGGAGGUGCUACUACAAAAAGACCAAAACACGUUCACUUUCAAGCAAGGUUGGGCGUUUCCAAGAAAAGUCUACUUCAACGGUGAAGAAUGCAUGCUUCCUCCACCGGAAUCAUACCCAUUCCUGCCAAACUCUGCCCGUAAAACCCUUGCUGGCCCGUUAACAUUACUGGUUUCGUUGGUUAUGUUCUUAUUCUUUUAAUCACCAUUAUUCUCACACUUUGUUAGUGGUACGCGUUUUGAUACUAAAAGAACGAAACUCGUGACAUAACGUUGAAAGUUGAAACGAGGUACACAAGGGAUUGUAUGUAUUUCAUGAGACUGUUUUACUACACAAAUUUUGUAUAUUGUUACCAAAAGAUGUCGAAAAUUUGAGUAUUAUAUUA